AUGGAUUUAGUCAACAAUGGUAAUAGGAUGCCCAUCCGACCGGUGGCCCUAUUGCUGCUCGGGUACUUGAUGCAAAUUGUUAAAGCCGCUGAUGCGAAGGACAUAGGAAGUCAAUCUCUAGUAGAAAUGCUUGGUUGUAUGUCUAAUAGACAAGAAAUACACGCGGCGUUGGGGAUAAUAUCACUGAUUUGCCUCAUUAUCGCAAUGGUCGCAUCGUUAUUCCCUAGUAAUUUUAAUAAGCCUCAUUCUGUUGUAAUCACAUACGCUUCGUCUGUCCUUUGUUGCAUUUUCUUAAUCGCAUUUACCGUGUGCGGUUGCUACUUUCAUCACUCGGAUGGACCUGUAACGCUGUGCCAGAAGUUGUGCCUCUGCCUCGGCAUAUUGCUGUUCAUAGGCGGUCUGGUAUUGUUUGUGUUGGCAAUUUUUGGAUGCACACAGUGGGAAGAAGAAAAUGCGUUCUUUGCAAAAUGGGUUUUCCUCUCCUUUUGCUCCAUAUUUCUCGUAGCAUUCAUUUUCGCUGCCUGCCGACAAUGGGAUUCUAGGAUGCCAUUCACUGUGUGCCAUAUAAUAUUCAUCACACUUAGCGUAUCGUUAGUUGUGUCUUUGACGAUGCCACUCGUCUGUAUAAUGGGUCUAAAGGCCCUUCUUGCCUUCAUACUUCGCUCUACCAGCUCAGUCACAAGAUGGUGGAAAAGAAUAUAUCCAAGCACUGUAUGA